GUCGCCAGUGCCAUGGAGGCGCCGGUGGAGCCGGAAGUCGAGAAUGAGGACGGCGAGAGCAGCUGCGGGGAUCUGUGCUUCAUGGACAAAGGCCUGCGGAGCAUAUCAGAGUUAUCUUUAGAUUCAGCCCUUCAUGCCAUCAAUCUUCAUUGCAAUAACAUCUCGAAGAUCAAAGCCAUUGAUCACAUUUGGAAUUUACAACAUUUAGAUCUGUCAUCUAAUCAAAUAAGUCAAAUUGAAGGGCUAAACACACUGACAAAACUACGUACUUUAAACUUGUCCUGCAAUUUGAUCACAAGAAUAGAAGGACUUAAAGCACUAACUAAUCUGACUAGACUGAAUUUAUCUUAUAACCACAUAAAUGAUCUUAGUGGUUUGAUGCCCCUUCAUGGAAUUAAACAUAAACUUAGAUAUAUUGACCUACAUAGUAAUUGUAUAGAUAGUAUCCAUCACCUGCUUCAGUGUAUGGUAGGAUUGCACUUCUUGACUAAUCUUAUUUUGGAGAAAAAUGGAGAAGAUAAUCCUGUCUGUCAUUUACCAGGGUACAGAGCAGUUAUGCUCCAGACUUUGCCACAGCUGAGAAUCCUAGAUUGUAAGAACAUAUUUGGUGAACCGGUAAAUAUGGCAGAAAUAAACUCAUCACGCCUACAGUGCUUGGAAGGUCUUUUGGAUAAUUCAGUUUCUUCUGACUGUCCCCUAAAUAUAAGUGAAGAUGAGAUCAUUGACCGUAUGCCAGUGGUAACACCACCUAUCGAUGAGGUAGCUCCCUUGGAUCACUUGGCAAGUACACCAGCAGAUACUGAUUUGACAUCCUUUAUAUCUGUGUGUCCUUUUUCUGAGCCAGAGAAAGUUAAUAAUGAAAAUGAUUUUCAGAAUGAGAUGAAACUUCAGAAAUUAGAUGACCAAAUUUUACAGCUUCUCAAUGAAACUUCUAAUUCUUUAAUAGAUAAUGUUCCUGGGAAAGAUCUCAGACCAAAAAGAGACACAGUGACUUCUGAAAGUGACUAUGGAAACAGAAAAGAAUGCAAUAGAAAAAUUCCUCGAAGAUCAAAAAUCCCAUAUUAUUCCAAAACUACUCAAACUGUUAAGCACCACAGUAAAAACAACAGUGCUUUUAUAAGCUGUAAUCGUAAAAUGAAACAACCUUUCUUCAAAGAAUUACACGUAAGAUCAUCUUUGGUGAACAAUAAUAUAUUAGAAGAAUCAAAAAAGCAGAAGACUGAAAUAAUUAAAGUAAACAACGGUAGCUCAGAAAAUGCCACUUACCGGGCACUUGUUGAAGAACUAGACCAAGAGAGAGAGAAGAGAUGGAAAGCUGAACAAACUGAAAAGAAACUUAUGGAUUAUAUUGAUGAACUGCAUAAACAUGCAGAUGAAAAAAAAGAUAUUCACAGCCUGGCUCUUCUUACUACAGAUAGGCUAAAGGAAAUUAUCUUUAAAGAGAGAAAUUCCAAACUACAACUUGAAAUUAUGGUUCACAGACUUCAAAAUGAAAUUAAAAAACUAACUAUUGAAUUAAUUAAAGCAAGAGAUCAACAAGAGGAUCACGUUAGACACUUAAGAACCCUGGAAAAAGCAUUAGAAAAAAAGGAGAGGCAAAAAGGGCAACAGCAAGCAGCACAGAUGCAACUUAUCCAAGAAGUGGAACUCAAAGCCGCAGCUGCUGAUAGAGAAAUAAACUUGCUUAGAACUUCUCUUCAUCAAGAAAAGGAACAGGUGCAACAACUUCAUGAACUUCUUGCAUUGAAAGAACAAGAACACAGGAAAGACCUUGAAACAAGGGAGUUUUUUAGUGAAGCUGAGUUCCAGGAAGCCUUAGCUAAAGAAAUUGCUAAAGAAGAGAGAAAACAUGAACAAGUUAUAAAAGAAUACCAAGACAAAAUUGAUGCAUUAAACCAACAGUAUAUGGAUUUAGAAAAUGAAUUCCGUAUUGCUUUAACUGUUGAAGCCAGAAGAUUUAAAGAUGUUAAAGAUGGUUUUGAAAAUGUUGCAACUGAAUUAGCAAAGAGCAAGCAUGCUCUUGUUUGGGCUCAACGAAAAGAAAAUGAAUCUUCCUCUUUAAUUAAAGAUCUAACCGGUAUGGUGAGGGAACAAAAAACAAAACUGGCAGAAGUUUCUAAAUUGAAACAGGAAACAGCAACAAAUUUACAGAAUCAAAUCAACACACUUGAAAUUUUAAUUGAAGAUGACAAGCAGAAGAGUAUUCAAAUAGAACUUCUCAAGCAUGAAAAAAUGCAGCUUAUUUCCGAACUAGCAGCCAAGGAAUCGCUAAUUUAUGGUUUAAGGACAGAAAGAAAAGUAUGGGGACAUGAGUUGGCACAACAGGGAUCUUCUCUAGCCCAAAAUCAUGGGAGACUAGAGGCUCAAAUUGAAAGUUUGUGUAGGGAGAAUGAAUCUCUACGAAAGGCAAGUGAACAUGAUAAUGACACAUUAAGAAUUAAGUGCAAAAUCGUAGAAGACCAAACUGAAACCAUUGGAAAAUUAAAAGAGUGUUUACAGGAAAGAGAGGAACAAAUCAAAAUAUUACACGAAAAGAUCACUGAAAUACAAAAAUGUACCCAGGAACAGCUUGAAGAAAAAUCUUCACAACUGGAUGAAAUAAUUGAGAAACUAGAAAGACACAAUGAAAGAAAAGAAAAACUAAAACAGCAGUUGAAAGUAAAGGAAUUAGAACUUGAAGAAAUUAGAAAAGCUUACAGUACACUUAAUCAGAAGUGGCAUGAUAAAGGAGAGCUUCUGUGUCAUCUUGAAAUGCAGGUAAAAGAAGUGAAAGAAAACUUUGAAAACAAAGAAAGGAAACUUAAAGCAGAAAGAGACAAAAGUAUUGAACUGCAAAAGGAUGCAAUAGAAAAGCUUCAUAGUAUGGAUGAUGCCUUUAAAAAACAUGUCGAUGCAAUUGUUGAAGCUCAUCAAGCUGAAAUAAUACAGCUGGCAAGUGAAAAGCAGAAAUGUAUUGAUUCUGCAAAUUUAAAGGUUCAUCGAGUUGAAGAAGAAAUGCGUGGACUUCUGGAAGAAACAUUCAAGAACAAAAAAGCAAUGGAAAUAAAAAUUAAGCAACUUGCUUUUGCUCUAAAUCAAAUUCAGCAAGAAAUGUGAUGGUUCUGAGAAUGGAUUGAAUUGAAAUGAACCAGCAGACUUAUUGUAAAAAUGAUUAAAUAUUGUGAUAGUAGUAACUGCUAUGACUUUGAAAUGUCUCUUUCUACACAUUUCAUUCUGAUUAUAUUUUAAAAGACUUGAUCAAGUAUUUAUUAAUUAUAUAUUUAGGUUUUUAUAAUAAAUUGUUGACAAUUAUGUGUAUUAGAAAAACCUAUCAAAAUAACUCAACUUAAAACACUUUCUUGUUUCUGUGCUAUACAUUGUUUGGUAAUUACACAUUUGCCUACAAAUAUGUUAAUGAAAAUUAAGAUUAGUAUUUUGACUAUAUGAGGGAAGGUAUUUUAAUAUUGUUAACCUUACUGUGUUGAUGAAGAACUAAUUAUAUUUAUUGGUUGUCCUUUAGUUGACAUAGCGCCAUUCUUUUGAAAUGCUCAUAACUGUAGCUAAAAAAUAUUUUUAUCUGUAUAAGAGAUGUGGUAUUUUUAAGAAUGCAUAUGUAUGUAUCUCCACAUCACUCAUAAU